AUGAGCGACAGUAGCGAUGACUUCUCAUCUUCACCAUUAUCAGAUGAAGAGGAAUUUUCAAGUGACGAGGAAAAUGAAAACCAACUGUAUAGACCUCAAAAUGACCUAAUCUUGGAGGUGUCUACACCAAUUGCACAAAACAAAGUUAACACCGAGUUGAAGAACUUGGGUGUGGGAUUAGUAGACCAGACAGUGCUAGAACAAAACAUUAUUGCACAGGCAGACAAGGCCUUGACUGAACAAGACGAUAUAUUGGAUCAAAAACGAUUAUCCAAAACAUACAAAGAGAUUGAAGCAGCACAAAAACAAUUGGCUAUUUUGAAAUUGAAGCUCAAAGACAAGACAUUAACCUCAUUAGAAAAAGAUGGGCUAGUACCACAAUUUAAUAAACAGGCUGCUAGAUUACGCGCAGCAAAAUCAGACGAAGAAGAUAUAUUAAAUCGAUUAAAAGAACGAGAAGAAGAACGAAUUCGUUCUGCAUCAGGAGAAACCGUAAAUAAGAAUUUAAGGCGCCACGAUGAAACACAAAAGGAAUAUCUUAUCCGUACUGGAAAAAUAACCCCAUUUGCCAAAGAGGCCGAUUUUGAAAACGAUAUUCAGAGCAGCUCAUCAGGGCCAUCUGCCCCAUCAUUACCGGGAUCUGAGGGACACCCUAUGGCAUUCAAACACACAGUAGAGCCUUCGUUUAUAUCCAAUACAGAUGAGAGUGCCAUAUCAGAUGAUGAAUACGGUGCUUCUGAAGAAGAAAAUGAAAACGAAGACGAAGACGAGCCAUAUAUUAAUGAAGAAAAUAUUGAAGACGAAGACGCUUACAAUGAUUUGAAACAAAGAAGAAAAAAUAAAAAAGCUGAAGAUAGUAUCCGUGAUCUGUUUGAAGACGACGGGAAUGAAGCACACUAUCAGAAACGACUAAAGAGAUGGCUACAAGCUAGAAAAACCACUAUAUAUAGAGUUAAUACGCCCGGAGCAGAAAAUUUGCCUUUAGAGGAAUUUGAAGAGUGUAUAAAGUCUCAGCCUGACCUUGACCCUAGCACUGAGAUAUAUCAACCGAAUCCUGCUUAUGAAGACGCUCACUUUGAUAACCGCAUGCGUGUUCCCGGUGAAUUAUGGAAUGUUUUAUUUGAUUAUCAAAAGACAUGUAUCCGAUGGCUAUGGGAACUUCACUGUCAAGAAGUUGGAGGAAUUAUUGGUGAUGAGAUGGGACUAGGAAAGACAGUUCAGAUUAUCGCAUUUCUUUCCGGACUCUAUUAUUCAAAACUACUAGGCCCAGGCAAAGCGUCUAUAAUUGUGUGCCCGGCUACUGUGAUGAAGCAAUGGAUCCAGGAGUUCCAUCAAUGGUGGUCACCAGCGCGCGUCGCUAUUUUGCAUUCAAGUGGAAGUGGUUUGCGACUAUCCGACCCAAAUAAUAUCGACUUUGAAGUGAACGAAGAUGAUUUAUAUUAUGAAGAAAUGGAAGACGAUUAUGAGCCUGAUAGACGAGGGCAAAAAUCAAAAUACCAAAAAAGUAAAGGAAGAUCUAAUCUUCUUUUUACAAAAACCGGAAAGAAUGCAGCCGCAAUGGUAGAUCGGUUUAUCAAAAGCGGUGGGAUAUUGAUUACAACUUACAGUGGUGUUCAGACCUACCGAGAGAUAUUGUUAAAACACAAGUGGGGAUACGUAGUAUUGGAUGAAGGCCAUCAAAUAAAGAAUCCUGACUCUGAAACAACGUUAGCGUGUAAACAGUUCAAGACACCGCACAGAAUUAUUCUUUCGGGUACACCUAUUCAAAAUAAUCUCAAAGAGCUAUGGUCACUUUUUGAUUUCAUAUUUCCGGGAAGACUUGGGGAAAGUGGAUAUGCAAAUGCGACAAACGUACAAGUCCAAACUGCCUAUAAAUGCGCAUGCAUGCUAAGAGAUCUUAUAAAUCCAUAUCUGCUGAGAAGAAUGAAGGUGGAUGUUGCGCAGGACCUGCCAAAAAAGAGUGAGCAAGUAUUGUUCUGUAAGCUCACAAAGCCACAAAGACAAUCAUACGUACAGUUUAUCCAUUCUGAUGACAUGGACUCUAUCUUGGAACAUCGAAGACAGGUCCUUUAUGGAAUUGAUAUCGUGAGAAAGAUUUGUAAUCAUCCUGAUAUCAUUGAUAUAUCGAAAGCAAAAUCGAACCCGUCUUAUGGCGAUCCAGAGAAAAGCGGAAAAAUGGUUGUAGUGAGAGCUCUCCUCAAUUUGUGGAAAACCGAAAAACACCGCGUGCUUCUGUUCAGCCAAACCCGCCAAAUGCUUGACAUUAUUGAGCUGAUGGUUAAGAGUCUUGGCUAUAACUACCGUCGAAUGGAUGGCACAACACCUGUUCCACAUCGUAUGGCACUUGUACAUGAAUUUAAUACGAACGAGGAUAUCUAUGUAUUUCUUUUAACGACCAAGGUGGGCGGGCUUGGGCUUAAUCUUACCGGUGCAGACCGUGUCAUCUUAUACGAUCCUGACUGGAAUCCAUCAACAGAUAUUCAAGCAAGAGAGCGUGCAUGGCGACUUGGACAGAAGAAAGACGCAAGUAACUUAAAGUCCCUAUUUACUCUUGGAGCAGAGGAUGACACGUCUACAGAGACUGGGAGAUUAUUCAAAGGAACAGAAAUCCAUAAUAAAGACGAUCAACCGGGGAGCUCUAGUAAGAAUAAGAAGAAACGAAGUAAGAAUGAUGACGACAAUCGUCAGUUGAAAUCUCUUUCUGGAGUGAGUGGUGUCGAGAAUUAUAACGGCGAAAAGAAGGAUAAGAAAAAAAGAAACCACGAAGCAAGUGAAGAGGAUGGGGUUCUACAGAGCCUUUUUGAUAUGACGGGUAUUCAAAGUGCUCUUAAACACGAUCAAAUUAUGGAUUCGACUUCCCACGAUGAUUUAUUUGUCGAGCGUGAAGCUACACUGAUUGCGGAAAAGGCAGCAGAUGCGCUGAAAGAAUCAAGGAAACGUAGACGAAUGGCAGACAUUGGAACGCCCACAUGGACAGGAAGAUCGGGAACUGUUGGAGCUCCUCGUCAUAUUAUUGAAGUUUCAUCAUCUAGAUCACUCCCUUCUUCUCCAGCACCUCAACCACAAAGAUUUGGCUCCGGAUUCAAGGGUAUAUCGACGGGGAAAGGUAGUCUUGGAUCUUCAAGUAGUUCAGUUUUGGCACAGUUGAGAGGAAAGAAAGCUCUUCAAGAGGGAAGACCAAGUACAGCACCCCCAGAAAUACAAAGUGAUACAAAGCAAGAAGGAUUGAUUAAUAGAAUCCGUGAUUAUCUUUCUGAAAACAACGGUCAAGCUCAAAGUAAUGCUAUAAUGGACGCUUUAGACAUAGACAUUGACAGAGAACAAGUCGCGGUAUUUCGAAAAAUGCUGCAAGCCAUUGCAAGAUUUGAGAAGGAUGCCCAAGGAAGGGGCGUGUGGACUCUCAAAGAAGAGUAUUAUUGA